AUGGGAGCCAUCGGGCGCAACCCGGAAGCCGCCGGUGCGGUUACCACCAACAUGAUUCUGGCCAUCGCCUUCGCAGAAGCGUUUGGGUAUUUAUUCGCUAAUUGUCGCUGUAAUCCUGCUCUUCGUGGUGUAGUAACAUGGCAGAACUGGGCUUGA